GAGAGAGAGGAGAGAGAUGAGACGGAGAAGGAGCAGGCGCAGGAGAAUACAUAAGUGAGCCCUGGUGGGAAGAGGCUCGGCUAAGUUGGAGCAGGAGGCUGGGAGGGCUGGCUGUGACCACUUGAUCCCCCAUCCCCUCCAAGAAUCUCCUUCAUGGAUUCUGGUACCUCCAGACCCUUGUGAUCCAGUGCCCCGGGGAGGCAGUCUCAGCAUAUUAUGGGCAACUGUGUGAAGUCUCCCCUGAGAAACCUCUCCAGAAAGAUCCACCAGGAGGAGAAGACGUGCUAUACAGCCGUUCAGACGAAUGAGGAAGGGCUGGUGGCCGCCGAGUGCCCGGGGCCCCUCAUGAUGCUGGCUCAGAACUGUGCGGUCAUGCACAAUCUCCUGGGCCCCGCUUGUAUCUUCCUGCGCAAGGGUUUCGCCGAAAACAGGCAGCCUGACAGAGAGCUUCGACCAGAGGAGAUUGAAGAACUACGAGAAGCCUUCAAAGAAUUCGACAAAGACAAGGACGGCUACAUCAACUGCAGGGACCUGGGCAACUGUAUGAGAACAAUGGGCUACAUGCCUACCGAGAUGGAACUGAUUGAACUCUCUCAGCAAAUCAAUAUGAACUUGGGAGGCCAUGUGGAUUUUGAUGACUUUGUAGAGCUGAUGGGGCCAAAACUCCUGGCGGAAACAGCAGAUAUGAUUGGAGUAAAGGAACUUCGAGAUGCUUUCCGGGAGUUUGACACCAAUGGAGACGGGGAGAUCAGCACCAACGAGCUCCGAGAGGCCAUGAGGAAGCUCCUGGGCCACCAAGUGGGUCAUCGAGACAUCGAGGAAAUCAUUCGGGACGUGGAUCUGAACGGGGAUGGGCGCGUAGAUUUCGAAGAAUUUGUGCGGAUGAUGUCCCGCUGAGGGUCCAGGGACCCGCAAGGGCUGACAAGAUGGCAGAGGGAGAAGGAAGAGAGCACCUCAUCCCACCGUUCCUAUGGACAGGACGUCCAGACUGAGCCCGUCCAAGCUCACGAGAGGUGCCCCGUCCCGGAGCCCCCCACCCUUCUGCACUGUGAAAGACUCACAAUCUCCUGCAACUGGAAGUGGCAGUGCCCGUGGAUGAGGUGGCAGUGCCAAGGCAGCGGAAGCCAUGCAGGCCCCGGGGACCCCUCACCCCGUUGUUGCUGAUGGUGGUUGGGCCAGGGCCAUUCUGCCAGCCGAUCCCCCACAUGGCAUGUCUCACCCGGAGCCGAAACCUCCCGCAUCCUCUCCCCAACCUCCUCACCCUACGUUAGCUCCUCUCGACCCCAUUACCAAUAAAUAUUUCAGAGACAAGACCCUGGAGGCGUUUCCCCUGGUGUGGAUGGGGCUGCUACCUCCCCUAGUCUGUCCUGGCAGGAUGCCCAUUAUUCCCCACUGGGAUGCCCGGGCACAGGUGUGGAUGGUGAGUGGCGAGUCCUGUAAUCGUAGUGGGCUGUCAUAGUAGAGAUGCCCCAUUCUCCAAAGAGCCAAAAAAUCAGGGGAGCCCAACUCUGAGGAGGGGGCUGCAGGCCUACCCGGAAGCCCUGGUCACGGGGUCUGGGGAGCAGAGCAAAAGAGCCAGCAGCAUCUGAGUUUCCAUCAGAAGCCCCAUCCUGACUGGGACCCCACGAGUGACUUUCAGAACUUUCAGGCUCUGAAGAACAGGACUGUUCCCUUCUCUUCCCCCCCUCCCCCCUCCAGGGCCACUUAGAGGCUGAGGUAAUCCUCAUGUUUGCCAUGUCCCUGUGGGGAGUGGACUCUGAGUACGAUCUUUGCUAGAAUAAUCCAAUUCCAAGGUUAAGUCCUUGGCUUCUGGCCAUCCUGGGCUGCCAUCCAGGGGGCGGUCCCGGCUUCGGCUCUUCCAGCGGCUGAACCCAUCCUGCUCUAGGAGAGCUUUGCCCUCAGUCCCUGAAUUCCCAGUCCAGGAAAAGUUGUGAUCCUCCUUCACAGCAGCUCAAGGUCUCAGAGUUGGAAGGGAGCCAGUUUGUCCAAGCCCAGGCUGAACAGGAAUCCUUUCUCUGACCUCCCUGAAAAAAAGGGCCAUCCAGCUUCUGCUGGGGGAAACAGAGAGACAGAGACAGAGACAGAGAGAGAAAAAGGGAGGGAGGAAGGGAAAGAGAGAGAGAGAGGGAGGGAGGAAGGGAAAGAGAGAAAGAAAGAAAGACUGACAGAGGGAGGGAGGGAGAGACAGAAAGGGAGGGAAGAAAAGGGGGAGAGAGAGAGAGAAGGAGGGAAGAAAAGAGAGAGAGAGAGAGAAACAGAGGGAGAGAGGAAGGUAGAGAGAGACAGAGACAGAGUGAGAGACAAAGUGACAGAAAGACAAGAGACAGACACACAGAGACAAGAGACAAGACAGACAUACACACACACAUAUACAAAGAGACAAGAGAAAGAAAAAGUAAAACUUUAAAAAACAAAGCCCAACUUUUGCCUACGUGUUAGGAAUUGUCUUAACUGGAGACAAAGAUUUGUGACUCAACUAAGAACUUUUCAUCCAAAAUAAACUCCUGAAGGUAAAAGAUGAGAGAACCAAGCAGACCCUGAUUCAUUGCAUUGUCCUAUACACUUAGAUCGAGCUAAUUAUUGUCAGGGUGUUACUCAGCCCUUGGGUCCACUUAGCCUGGGAAAUUUUGUGGUAGUUGAGUCUUUCAGGCCUGAUUUGGUGGCCUAGAGCUGGGUGGGAAGAAGGGACGGAGCAACUUCUGUAUACCACCCAGUCCACCCCUCAGCGCCUUCUGGCUCUAGUAGAAAGCACCUGUUCAGGUACUCCUCCUAAAAGCCUCCUAAAAGAUUUUCCCGCUUCUCAGUCAGACUGUCUCUUGGGCAACUGUGUCAGAAUGCUGGGACCUUGCUGACCCUCUAAGCUCAGGGCAACCGAAGACCCUCUUGUCCCAGGGAGAAAGAGUCUGAGCCUUGGUCACCAAUGAGACUUUUUGCACUGCCUCAGAAAAAAGCCCAGUUUUUUCUCCCCACUUCUGACCGCUCUCUUUCCACACCUUGUUUUGCACUUGGAUUAACUAAAUAGAAGGAUGGGAGGGAUGGGGGCUCAGCGAUGGCUCCAGUAGGAUACACUACUCAGCCACCUCCAAGCCUUUUCCCGCCACGACUCCACUCCAGCCUUUGUCCCUGUCUCCUCUCCACCAGAAACUAGGACUCCGCCCCUGAAGCCCCCACGGGCUCCGAUGGAUGAGCCAUCACCAGAUUCAGGACUCCCCCCAUCACCAAAUCACCCCUUCUCUGCAUGUCCUCCCCUCCUACUUUUCAACUGUCUUCCCCCAUUAGAAUGCAAGCUGCUUGAGGACAGAGCCACAAUUUUUCCUUUCUUUGUAUCCCCAGCAUUUAGCAAUAGCAUCUGCCACAUAGUAAUUAAUAAAUAAUCUCUCUCUGUG